AUGUGGGUUCUGAGUCGAUCGGGUGGCCAGCAGGCUCAAUCCGGGAAGGAGAUUUGGGGCAUUCUGAAGAAACUGUAUGAACCUCGAGAUCUGUACCGCAAAGUUUCUCUCCUGGAAGAACUCACCGGUGUCAAGUACACUGAUUUCGCUGAUAUGGAGGAUUAUAUCAACAAGAAGAUCACUACAGCGCAGCGUCUGAGAGCUAUUGACAGCGAAAUCAAAGAUGAAAUUAUAUUAUCGAGACUACCAGAAGAGUUCACAUCUCUUAUCCAAAGCAUCACACAGACGGAGGUCACAACUGAGGGAGCAUGUCACCAAUGUGGGAAGAUUGGACACAUGAUGAAGGAUUGUGGGUGGACUGAACAUGGAAAAGCAGCGUAUGAACAAAAACAGACGACCCGAAUGGAGAAGUCUGAACUCGAAAAGGACGAGUUCGUGAACUUCGAGCGAAUCCUGCUGUGCCCACCGGCAACGAUCACUGCUUCUAAUCCGUCAUUCGAUUGGUAUAUUGACUCUGGUGCGAGUACCCACAUGUCAGGGAGAAGAGCUCUGUUCGUGACUUUCAAUGAGGGUGCCAGAGUCAGAUUCGUAGCGACGGCAAAUGAUAAGAUCCUACGAUCCGCCGGAAGUGGAGAUGUCUGCAUGAACUGCAUUGUGGGUGGGAGAACUCACCGCACGAAGUUGCGUGAUGUCUUAUACGUUCCCGCUCUCGAGGUUUUGAUCUCGGUAAAACAGCUGGCAAGAAACGGAUUCGAAGUGAAAUUCGACCAGCAGGAAUGUGAGAUCAAGGACAAGAACGGCGUUCUGUGUGCCUUUGCUACUUAUCCCCCCUCGUUGCCAGAACGGAAGAAUGAGGACGAGAACAGGAAGUCCAUCAACGCUGUUUAUCAGUGUGGUAUCUGUCAACAACUCUUCGAGACCGAGUCGGAGGCCACCGAUCACUUCCAAGACUGUAGCACUGGCAAGAAAGCUCGGGCCCACUCAUCGGCGGACGCCAAAUCGGAUAUUCCCGCAGUCGGUAAUUUCCAAGUCAGCGUUCUGGACUGUCAAUCGUGUACUUUCCGAACAAUCCGUGAGGAUUCCAUGCAUAGUCACAUCAUCGAUAAACAUGCGUCGUCAGGUUCCUACAGCCGGAAAAGCACUCGUUUCGCGAAAACACCGACCAUCAUCAGGAGGAAACGAGAUGCGAGCAGUGGAUUCUCUUGCCAUAUUUGUCGCUACAGAUCAGCCUCAUUCAAUAAGUUCCGAUCACAUGUUCACCAACAGUCGAGCGAGCGUGACUUGGAUUCUUUCCACUGUUUCUUCUGUAGUUUCUCAUGCAACAUCGCAAGCGAGAUGGACAAUCACUGCAACGAGCAACAUUCUCAAGUCAACAACAUACCUCCUCUGGAAAUCGAGUUUCGGUGCUCGACCUGCUCGAAGAUGUUCGCGAGCUCCGGAGCCAUGUCCGAGCACCCGCAGAAUUGCGGACUGACGGUGGAGCAGAGCCUGGCAGAACUGUUUCCUCACACUCUCUGUGAGGAUUGCUCGUUCGGCACCAAUUCGAAGAACAUCCUGGAGUAUCAUACUAUUUCGCUCCACAGCACCUACCCUUGCUCGGAAUGUAGCGCGAUCCUCCAGACGAAAAAAGCCCACGUAGCCCACAUGCAAGCCAAACACGCACAAUUCUCCGACGACAAGAGUCUCAGCUCACACAUGUCGAAACAUACUGCCAGGACUUGCUCCGUUUGCGAAAAACUGUUCGAAACUGUCGACGGUCUUGAGCAACAUAUGGUCGAUGUCCGUCCCAAAAUCAACAUGCUUGGCAAGAACGUUUGUAAUUCUUGUUUCCACGUCUUCUGUACGGCAACGGCUCUGGCAACGCACUCCGAAGAGUGCACGGUGUCAUCAGGGAUUUGCAUACACUGCGGCGAGUCAUGUGGAUCUCUGGAGAACGUUCUCAAGCACAUAGAGACGAAACACGAGGAGAUCGAAAUCUACGAGUGCGCUUUAUGUGCUCACCGUACCAUUGACAGUACGGUGCAUCUGUUUCAUCAAUUGAUACACAUGGCGCUCCCAGCGACCGUGGGCAAAUCGACGUACCAAUGUAAUCUGUGUCAAAAAUGGACCACCUCAGCAGGAUCACUGCGGACGCACCUCAAUAAUCACACAAAUUCGAAGCCGUACCGUUGCGAGUUCUGCGAAUUUACGACGUCUUCGAGCGGGAACCUCCGGGCGCACCGAGCCGUACGUCAUCUGCACACAACGGAUAGCGUCAAAUGUCAGAUUUGUAAUCGGAAAUACCGCACGGCGAGUCAGAUGAAGAAACACCUACGGAUGACGCAUUAUCAGACUUUGAAUUAUCAAUGUGGUAUUUGCGAGAAUCGAUUCGUGACUGAGCUGAGGCUAAAACGUCACUUGGCCAUCGUGCAUUUCGAUGACUCCGAAGCGGUAAAUGGCGAUGAGCCUUACGCAGGCCUGUCCCGCUUCCGCUGCGAGAACUGUCCAUUCAGCUCGUACUCGGCGAACCGGUUCCGUCUCCAUCGCGCCACCCACCGCGACCGGCUUGAAUGUCCGUAUUGUGAUCUCAGUUUCCCACUCCUCGACGUUCUCAAUCGUCACAUAAACGUUCGUCAUUUCAAAAAGCACGUUCCCUGUCCAAUCUGUGCUCGACGACUCCCGAACGAGGCUCGACUCAAACAGCAUAUGGAGGCAUGUCAUGCCAGUGACGAGAAGGAGCUCAAGUGUUUAACUUGUGGAUUCUGCUUUGAGUCCAUCGCGCACCUGGAGUACCAUUGUCGGAGUCACUUGACGGUCAGGAACUUCGAGUGUCCUACAUGUAAGAAGACGUUCACGACUGCCGCGUCGCUCUGCGUGCACCGGCAACGGCACACGAGGUUGGAGGUGGGAAACAAGGGAAAGACGUACGUUGGCAAUUCGAAUUGGGUGUUCUACUGUGAUGAGUGCAAGCUCCGCUUCAAGUACAAGAGCAGUCUGUUGGCUCACCAAAUGGUAGCCCACUCCGAGAAGACUGAGCUCUCGUGUCACAUCUGCUCGAAGCAGCCCUUUGGCUCUAAACUCCUUCUCAGUUAUCACAUCCGGAAGCAUUUGGAGGAACGCGCCAACACGUGCGAGUUUUGUCAGAAGAAAUUCUUCUCGCCCGGAGCACUGAAAAAUCACGUCAUCUCAGUUCAUACUAAAGCUUACGAAAUAUUCUGCUCGAUAUGUGAUAAAGGUAUGCUCAGUCAAGCGAGACUAGAGAUGCACAUGAUUCAUUCUCAUCGUGAUACGAAGAAACGGAGAACGAAAAAGCUCAAAGUUGUACAGGAAGAAAUAGAGGAAUUCCCCGAGCCGAUUCCACUCGAACCGCAUCCAGAAGAGCUCAUGACGGCUGAUGAGACGAUUUUGAGUCAG